ACCACUGCCACUGUAUGUUGCACAACCCCCUGUACUGUAACACUGGGUAAAUACUGACGGAUGACUUUGUACUUUGCAUUUGCCACUUGUGCAGCUACCUUCUCCUUGCAAGACGUGCACGCCGAGCCCAAGAUGAAGAUCGAGUUCGCUCCGCUUUCUCUGCCACUGCAAAGGAGACUUCAGACCGCAUCAGUGGUUCAGUGGGUCUUCAGCUUCCUAAGUCUAGCACAGUGCUGCGUCGCUCUCUUCAUCUGCCUCCUCUUCACGCGUUUUUGGCUGGUCAGUGCCCUCUAUGCAGCAUGGUGGCUGAUAGACAGGGAAACACCCCACAAAGGUGGGAGGCGGAGUCACAUCGUCCGGAACAGCGUCGUCUGGAGAUACAUGAGGGACUAUUUCCCCAUCACGCUGGUGAAGACAGCGGAGCUGGACCCCCGGAAGAACUACCUGCUGGGCUUUCACCCCCACGGCGUCCUGGCGGUGGGAGCCUUCCUCAAUUUCUGCACGGAGGCAUCGGGGUUCUCCACGCUCCUCACCCCGCUGGUCCCCAUCUUCUCUUUCGGCGAGAACGAGCUCUUUGACCAGGUCAACAAUCCCAAGGGCUCCUGGCUGCGGUGGCUCCAGCACCGGCUCCAGCAGGUCAUGGGCAUCGCCCUUCCCCUCUUCCACGCGCGAGGCAUCUUCCAGUACAGCUUCGGGCUCAUCCCCUACCGCUGGCCCAUCUACACCGUGGUUGGGAAGCCGAUUCCCGUGCAGAAGAAGCACAACCCCUCUGAGGAAGACGUUGAUCAGGUGCACCAGAAAUACUUAGGUGAAUUGUCCAAGCUCUUCGAGGAGCAUAAAGCAAAAUACAACGUCCCUGAAGACAGACACCUCGAAUUUAUUUAGAGCUCCUCACGGGAGGUUAAGCCACGGGGUUCGAGUUUUCUCUCUAUAUAUGGGACUAAUUCACAACUUCGCCUUAGUGGCAGCCAACAUAUGGUGGAUGAAGUGCAGUGCAGGGAGCAGGACUUGAUUUUCCCAGCAUUUGAAUGGGUUUAGAGCCAGUUUUCAUUUUCUCCCUGUAGGACCCACACACAAAAAAAGAAAAGAACAAGCAAAAAAAUCCCAUCUCACCAACCUAACACUAUUAAAACUCCCCUAUAGGAAACUCACAAUUCCAGUCUGGCUUAAAGGCCAGGUUUUGAAGCUAUUUCCAGAAAGAAAUGAAUUAUGAAAACUUUCCUUUACAUUUAAUUUGAGCGUCAUUUUCUCAGGCUAGCUAAGGAAACACUCACGCUGGGGAAAAGUCCUCAAAGAUAUCUGGCAGGAUACAGGCCUUUACUACCCAGUCUGUUCUUUGACUUCAAAGAAAAUUCACAGCUUUUUUUCCACAUAAUGGAUGGGAAUAUCUGCCCAGCUCAGGCUAGUCGAUGGAAAUGGGAUGAUAAGCCAUAAUUCUGCUGAAUGUUUAUAUAUUUUUUAAUGUC